GGUGGACAGCGGCCAAUCAUAUUUGAGGAGCUAGCUUGGCCCUGGAGAGACUACGGCGCCCGCCCGGCGCAGCCUGCGGGGCGCUGCUCCUGUUGACGCCGCCUACUCUCUGUUCUCCUCGUCCCCCCUCCCUCCUCUAGGGUUGUGGCCACGCGCAGCGGCGGCGGCAGCGGCGGCGGUUGUUCCGCUUCCCCUCAGGCCCCGGCGGUCGCCAUUGCCGAAGGCUGCCUCCCCUCCCCUCCCUACGCUGGGUCUCUUGGGGCGGCCGCACGGCCUAGUAGCGAGAGCGGCCGCAGUAGCGCCCCGUGGGAGGGGGCUCGAGUUGCCCAGGCCGGUUCCCAGUCCCCCCUCGUGCCCUUCCCUCCUUGACCGCGCCUGCCCGGGGAGGCUCCGGAGUCAGCCCGCCGGGGAGUGCGGGGCUUGCGUCCCGACUGUCGGAGUAGGGAGACGCUGACCCAGGCACCUCGCAGGGGCGGGGACACGAUCGCUCCGUGGCGGCGGGUUUUUGUAUAAUCAUUCUGAAUCAUGUCUGAUAACGGAGAACUGGAAGACAAGCCACCAGCGCCUCCUGUUCGAAUGAGCAGUACCAUUUUUAGCACUGGAGGCAAAGACCCUUUGUCUGCCAACCAUAGUUUGAAACCUUUGCCAUCUGUUCCAGAGGAAAGAAAGCCUAGGCAUAAAAUCAUCUCCAUAUUUUCAGGCACUGAGAAAGGAAGUAAGAAAAAAGAAAAGGAACGGCCAGAAAUUUCUCCUCCUUCUGAUUUUGAACACACCAUCCAUGUUGGCUUUGAUGCAGUUACUGGAGAAUUCACUGGAAUGCCAGAACAGUGGGCUCGAUUGCUACAGACCUCUAAUAUCACCAAGCUAGAACAGAAGAAGAACCCCCAGGCUGUGCUUGAUGUUCUGAAGUUCUAUGACUCCAAUACAGUGAAACAGAAAUAUUUGAGCUUUACCCCUCCUGAGAAAGAUGGCUUCCCCUCAGGAACACCAGCACUGAAUGCAAAAGGCUCAGAAACUUCAGCAGCAGUAACAGAAGAAGAUGAUGAUGAAGAGGAGACUGCGCCACCUGUCAUUGCUCCUAGACCGGAUCAUACAAAAUCAAUUUACACACGGUCUGUAAUUGACCCUAUUCCUGCACCAGCUGGUGAUUCUAACGUUGAUAGUGCUGCCAAAUCUUCAGACAAACAGAAAAAGAAGACUAAGAUGACAGAUGAGGAAAUUAUGGAGAAACUAAGAACUAUAGUCAGCAUAGGUGAUCCGAAGAAAAAAUAUACCAGAUAUGAAAAAAUUGGGCAGGGAGCUUCCGGUACAGUAUUCACUGCUACAGAUGUGGCACUGGGACAGGAGGUUGCCAUCAAACAGAUAAAUUUGCAGAAACAGCCUAAGAAGGAAUUAAUCAUUAAUGAAAUUCUUGUAAUGAAAGAAUUAAAGAACCCCAACAUAGUUAAUUUCUUAGAUAGUUAUCUUGUAGGGGAUGAAUUAUUUGUGGUUAUGGAGUACCUUGCUGGAGGGUCUCUUACUGAUGUUGUAACAGAAACCUGCAUGGAUGAAGCACAGAUUGCUGCUGUGUGUAGAGAGUGUUUACAAGCUCUGGAAUUUCUACAUGCCAAUCAGGUGAUUCACAGAGACAUCAAAAGUGACAAUGUGCUUUUGGGAAUGGAAGGAUCAGUGAAACUCACCGACUUUGGUUUCUGUGCUCAGAUCACACCAGAGCAGAGCAAAAGGAGUACCAUGGUUGGGACCCCUUACUGGAUGGCACCAGAAGUGGUCACACGUAAAGCUUAUGGGCCUAAAGUGGACAUUUGGUCUCUGGGAAUUAUGGCAAUUGAGAUGGUAGAAGGAGAACCCCCAUACCUUAAUGAGAAUCCUCUGAGGGCCUUGUAUCUAAUAGCAACAAAUGGAACUCCUGAACUACAGAAUCCAGAGAAACUCUCCCCCAUAUUUCGAGAUUUUUUAAAUCGGUGUUUGGAGAUGGAUGUAGAAAAAAGGGGUUCAGCUAAAGAAUUGUUACAGCAUCCUUUCCUGAAACUGGCUAAACCUUUGUCUAGUUUGACACCGCUGAUCAUGGCAGCUAAAGAAGCAAUGAAGAGUAACCGUUAAUAGCAUUACCAUUUGUGGCCUCAGCUUUUUUUUUUUGGUCAUUUUAAAAAAGAAAUCUAUAUAAUAUAUAAAAUUGUUACUCUUUUUAGGGGUUGAAAAAAAUGUCAGCACAAUGAGGUGGUUUGGGGGAAACCAACCCACUCUCUGGAGACAUCUAAAACAAAAUUAAGAAAAAGAAUUGUUACAACUCUCAAACCAACUCCUUUUUAGGGUCCAAGAAAAAUUGUGGACUGAAUCACUGGCCUUUCACCUUUCUGCCAACAGCCCAGCAGUGCCAUUUAUCAAGCUUGGGAUUUGCAUUUUAUUUUAUUUUUGCUGACUUUGCUGUAACAGAUCCCAUUCAUUGUACCUCUUAGGGUAUUUUCAAUACUUGAAUGGCAGAUUCGAGCUUUCAGAGAAAGGCAUUUGUUUGAUCUGCUAGUCUUUUCUCCUAUUUUCCCUUAUCCUUCAUGUUCCUUUACCUGCUCCUUUUGGAUUGCUUUGAGAAAUUUUUUCUCAUGCCUAAAUUAAAGCAAGUGUGAUAGAUAUUAUGUACCUCCUUACAUUAAAACAGAGGCUUCCUGUGAUUUAAUUUUGUGUAGAAGCCAGGACCAGCUACUUAAAGCACUAUCACAUUCAAUAACAUUUUAGUUGUUAAAGACCAUUUUGAGGAAGGGAUGGAAAGUGAUUUUUUUAUUUUUGUUUUUUUACCUUGAGGGAGAUUAAAAGAGCCUUUUUUAGAGAUAUCAUGAUGGUAAUGUUUGGAGUGAAAAUUAAAAGUAUAGUAAGAAGGAGGAGGAGGAAGAGAAAUUUUAUGACUAAAUCAUUGAGGCAAAGGUAGAAGAUCCUAUUGACAAUUAAGUCCCUGCAAUUUUCAUCUUUCUGUUCCUUUGGAUUUAUGUUGGCUACUGUUCAAAGUUAUUUCCUACUCUGUAUUUGGUUUCAGAAACCAAACAGUUUGUUCUUGCCCCAACUUGGAUUCUACUGCUUCUGCUGGUGCCUCUUUUUUACUUUAUCAAAUAAGUUUGUGUAUAUAUUUUAACUUCUGUUCAUUUUUUUACCCCUAAAGGCAAAUAAUGCCAUAACCAUUGGAUUUUCAGGAUUUAAAUUUUAAAUAUAUAUAUAUGUACAUAUAUAUAUGCCAUUUGAAAUACACAAAUAAUUUGAUUUAUUUGGGAAUAUAUCAAGUUAGAAAGUUGAGAAAUUAGAAACUUGAAAUAUGUGAACUAAAACUUGGUACUUUUAGAAACAAUUAGAUUCUGUUUUAUGAAUGAAAAGAAUAGAGAAAGCUUAAGCUUACAGAGAUGAAGCUUGUUAUAAGCUGGGGUUAUAACCUUGAGUUAUGAAAAGGUCCCAAACCUUCACCAAUAUUUUAUGAGCUGGGAUGACAUAAAUGAGUAAUUCCACAAAUACUGCUGCUAAAGGACUUGUGAAUCAUUUCAGUUACUGAGUUGCUAUAGAUUUAAAUUAGAAGGUAAUUUUAAUGAUGGGUUAGUUUGAAUUCUUGUGAAGUUCUAAAUUUUAUGUACCAAGAAAUUAGAAAAGGGAAGUAAAUACAAGUGAAAUGUAUUUUGAUGUCUGUAAGACAUCCUUUCUGUUAAAAAGUUUUGACUCCUUGAUUGGAAUUUUAAAAAAAGUUUAAUGUUCAGAAUCAUUCUUCACCUAUCUGUUCAUUAUUAAUAGGAUCCUUUUCUUAGAAGCUGUGCUGUGUCAUUUAAAAUGCCAGGAACUUAGAAAAAAAUUCAUUUUUUUCUAGCAAUUAUUUGCUUCUACUCAACUUCAUAUUUACUUAGCCACACACCAAUGAUGCCAAAUCAUGAGUAAGAAGAAUUAAGUGUUAGAGAUACUUUCUGAAAAGUGGGAAAAUAAGCAUUUAAAAAAAUAUUACUCAUUGUCAAAGGAAGCUGGUCUAUGCUUAAUUUUUUUUUUCUGUCUCUGUUAAGAUAUGACCAUGAUCAAUAGAAAUGAUUACCAGAAACAUUUUCACCAAAUCAUACAACAAAAAUCUGUAACUAGAGCACUUAGUAGAAUGGUCUCUGAUUUCACUCUGUUUUGAUUUUAAUUUUUCUUGCCAUGAUUGGCUUUUCUGCAAUGGUUUAAUUAUUUUCUUACUUUACAGCAACAAAAUGCCUUAUUCCCUUUGGAAAACUCUAGUGCCUCUUGAGUUUCAACUUUUUAACAUUCUGCUUUGUAAGCAGUCAUUAGGUUGAUUAGUAUAAAAAGAUACUACCAGUGGAUUAGAAAAACAUAAUGAUCAUUACUCAAGAAGGCAGUAAUUUUGAGUAUUGAAUUUAUAAGUAACUUCUAUUUCUAUACAUGAGCCAUACAUGAGCAUGUUCACUGGAUUCAAUGUCAGUGCCCCCAUUUUCAAGCACGUGACUCAGUAAAGGGCUUUUUGGUUUAUAGGAAGAGUUUGGAAUUAUAUUUAAUCUUGUUUUUAUUGAUGGUGCCCUACAUGUCCAUUGCUGGCAAUGGACCUUGCAUCAUAAAAAUCUGACUCCUGGGAUAUGGGAUCUAAACCCCAGUCUGUUCUUUACAAUUAUUAGUAAGAUAAACUAAUCUAUCAUAUAUACUUUGGUUACUUCUGAAAUUUGUAAAUUUUUAAACAAAAGAAUUUAAGAGCAAUAAGGAAUUGUGAUUUAUUCAUUUUUAACAAUUAAAAUGUCCUUUUGAUCUUGUUGAAAGAACACAUUUCAUUGAAUCAAGAAUCAUUGGAUCAAGAUUUCUUUUUUAAACAAUUGCCUUUUAAAAUUAUUUUUGUUUUCACUUUGGGUUGAAAUGACUUCUUCAAAUCCAGGAAUUACCUUAAUAGUUCAGCUCUAUAAGGUAUUAUGUUUUAGUACUGUACUUAGCACUAUAGUGAAAGCUGUGACUUCUGGUGGCCAUUGGUUACCUGUCCCCAUUCUCUGGUGUCACAAACUUUAGGAACAGAUAAGGAAGCCAUGGAAGCAUUGAGAUUGUUUCUCCUUAAUGGCAAUUGGUGAGCAAAUAGAGUCACUGGGAUUACAUAAAUUCCUCUGAUCUUCCAAAUCUGUCUAUUAAGCUGCUUAAACUUAAUGAACCCAACCACCAAUCCAAAAUUAACCUGUGCCUUUUAAGAUAGUUUUUAAAAGUAUUUUUGAGUGUUUCUUUUGAGGGACCCUUUAAGUGAACCUUUGAAGUUAAUUGUGAAUGCUGUGUCCUUGCUAGAUAUAAUCUUAGUGCAUCUCAGACAGUAGUGGAGGGAAGUGGGAGUAAUAGGAAAAUUGAGUGCUUAAAGAAUUGAUAACAUUGUAGAAAUCCCUAAAUAUCCAGUGAGCAUCUCCAUAUUUCAGUGUCUAAUCUUUUUAGGUUAUAGUUACAUCCAGAUGAGUAUUUACUGUGGAUAUUUUUGCAGUGCAAUUUCAUAGCUUUAAUUUGAAGUUUAACAAUAUAAAAACCAGAUGUCUAAUGGAAAGUUUUAAAAUCCAUUGUCUUCCUGUCUCUGCCCUGUCCUUCUCCAAGUUUAACAAAUUUUCAGAGUGUGUAUAUUCACUCAAGCAACAAGUAUUUAUUUAGCACCUACUAGAAGCAAGGUGCUAGAUUUGAUGUGCAGGGAAUACAAUAUGGCAAUAUGUUCCCUGUCUUCAAGGAGCCUUGCCAUCUAGUUGGGUCACUAUACUAGUUUUUUCAGAGUAGAGAAGCAGUAAGAAAUGUAAUUAACCUAGCUUACUAUUCUUAAAUUUUAGUUCUGUAGUAAAAAGGUGAAAUCAGACACAAAUCUUGGGUAAAAAAAUUGUCUUUUCUCUCUCCUUCCUUAUUUUGGCAGAUGGAAAUGGAACUUAGGUGCAAGUAGCUAUCUUAUUUUUUAUUGUCUUCAAAUUUUAUGUUGCCUUUUGUUUAAUUUAAUCCCUUAUGUUAUUUAAUUGUUACUGCAACAUUAACUACUGUAUUUGAUGUUCAAUAACUUUGUUCUUUUCAGGGCUAGAAAUAAAAAUUUUUUUAAAUGUUUGUUUAUCCCCUUCCCGAAUUUUUAUCUUUUUGGACCAGAGUAGCUUAAAAGAAUAAAUGUUUAGAUUUCUAA